CCGACCUCUGGGUGCUCAUGGGGAUUGUCAACAUGAGCACUCUGCUCUUGACCACCUCCUGCUUCCUGCUCAUCUCUUCUGCUUUAGGGUUUGGCAACUUUUUAGGAAGCAGGGAAAGUGGGAAAAGGAAUGCUUCUGCCAAUGAUGCAGCUGAGAUUCUGCAGGCAAUACCUGAUGAAGUGAAACCCAGGUCUGUGCUUCUCAACAGGAUUGCCAGAGGUGGGCUGCCAACUUUCAAACCACCUAUAAACAAGCGCCAAUUGAAAAUGACAAGGGCAGAGGAAUCAAAGAUGCAGAAAAUAAAAAACCUGCUGGACAACAUCACUGCUGAAGAAGACAGUGCAGAAUUGCCUGAGACACAGGCUGUGGCUGUCAUGCUGGAAAAAAUUGUAAACAGAGAUCUGGCUGGAAAGCCAGUUAGCCUGGAAAAGAUUGCCAGAGCACUCAAGAAGAUGCUGAACAAAAACAAGCCUGUGACUACCUCCAGAGCGCCACCUAGUGACAGUAACUUAAACCAUGGGCGCAGACAUGCCAAGACAGAUGUCCCUGGCUUGACUUUGGCCAUUGAAAAUCUGCAAGAUGGCCAGCCCAUUAGACUCAAUAAAAUGCCUGGCUUGGUCAACUUGAAAAAGGACCAUCAUACCAUGGAGUCAUGGACACCCAGAACUCCUCCAAGAAGGGAUCUUUAUGCCAUACCAGUGACUCAGAUUGCCAUUGCUGCCAACAAGAUGGAGAACCUGACAAGAAGGAAGAAGCCAAAGAGACGGAAGUUGAAGAACAGAUUUUCCAGGGACAACAAGGAUCCAGCUGUCAAAAUAUCCCUGGAGAAUCUAAAAGCAGUUGAACAGAAACUGGCUGUGCUGGAGAAAACUAUCUGUUCAUAA